UUACUUUUUUAUAGGGACCCAGAACAAUGGAAACCAUUAAUUGAUGAUAGAAGUUUUUUAGCGUGGUUGGUAAAAGUCCCACAAGAACAAGAUCAGUUGAGAGCUCGUCAAGUUACUGCUCAACAAAUAAAUAAAUUGGAAGAAUUAUGGAAGGAUAAUGUUGAUGCAACUUUUCAAGAUUUAGAAAAACCAGGAGUUGAUGAAGAACCUCAGCAAGUUCUCCUGAGAUAUGAAGAUGGAUACCAGUAUCAAAAUAUAUUUGGACCACUUGUUAAAAUGGAAGCUGACUAUGAUAAAAAGUUAAAGGAAUCACAAACACAGGAUAAUAUUGAAGUGCGGUGGGACAUUGGUCUGAAUAAGAAAAUUAUUGCUUAUUUCACUAUUGCAAAAUCUGAUACAGAAAUGAGACUUAUGCAUGGAGAUGAAUUAAGAUUGCGCUAUCUUGGUGAAUUGCAGAAGCCUUGGUCAGGAGUGGGUCAUGUCAUCAAAAUACCAGAUAACUACAGCGAAGAAGUUGGUAUUGAAAUGAAAACAAAUCUUGGUGUCCCUACUGAAUGUACUUCAAAUUUUGUUGUUGAUUUUGUUUGGAAGUCUACCUCAUUUGAUAGGAUGCAAGCUGCAUUACGUAAAUUUGCUGUAGAUGAAUCUUCUGUUUCUCCCUAUAUAUAUCAUAAAUUAUUAGGACAUGAAGUAGAAGAUGUUGUUUUGAGAUAUCAAUUACCAAAACAUUUUUCAGCACCUAAUCUUCCUGAAUUAAAUAGAUCCCAAGUUUAUGCAGUAAAACAUGCUUUACAAAGACCAUUAUCUCUUAUUCAGGGCCCACCUGGAACUGGAAAAACAGUAACUUCUGCUACUAUAGUGUAUCAUUUAGCUCGUCAAAGUAAUGGGCCUGUUCUUGUUUGUGCACCUAGUAACAUUGCAGUUGAUCAAUUAACCGAAAAAAUCCAUCGUACUGGAUUAAAGGUGGUUCGACUUUGUGCAAAAAGCCGUGAAGCAAUUAGUUCACCUGUUUCAUUUCUAGCUCUUCACAAUCAAAUCAGGAAUAUGGAAGGUCAUUCGGAGUUGAACAAACUGCAACAGUUGAAAGAUGAAACAGGUGAAUUAUCAUCAGCAGAUGAGAAGCGUUAUAGAAUGCUUAAAAAAGCUCAUGAGAAGGAAUUAUUAGAGGCUGCAGAUGUCAUUUGUUGUACUUGUGUUGGUGCUGGUGAUCCACGAUUAGCACGAUUCAAAUUUCAUUCUAUUUUGAUUGAUGAAAGUAUGCAAGCUACUGAACCAGAGUGUAUGGUACCAGUAGUAUUAGGUGCAAAACAGUUAAUUCUUGUUGGAGAUCAUUGUCAAUUAGGACCAGUUGUGAUGUGCAAGAAAGCUGCACGAGCUGGUUUGUCUCAGUCAUUAUUUGAAAGAUUAGUAGUUCUUGGAAUACGUCCAUUUCGUUUGGAAGUACAGUAUCGUAUGCAUCCACAACUUAGCAAAUUUCCUUCCAACUUCUUUUAUGAAGGAUCAUUACAAAAUGGUGUUUAUGCUGAUGAAAGAAUGAUGAAAGGUGUAGAUUUUCCAUGGCCUCAACCUGACAAACCAAUGUUUUUCUAUGCUUGUCAAGGACAAGAAGAAAUAGCAGGAUCAGGUACAUCUUACCUAAAUAGGACAGAAGCUGCAUUGGUUGAAAAAAUAACAACAAGAUUUUUGAAGUGCAGUGUAAAACCUGAGCAGAUAGGAAUUAUAACACCCUAUGAAGGACAAAGAGCUUACCUUGUUCAAUAUAUGCAGUAUAAUGGAUCACUUCAUGCAAAAUUAUAUCAAGAAAUUGAAGUAGCAAGCGUUGAUGCUUUUCAAGGAAGAGAGAAAGAUCUUAUUAUAAUGUCUUGUGUACGAUCUAAUGAACAUCAAGGAAUUGGUUUUCUGAAUGAUCCUAGGCGUUUAAAUGUUGCUCUUACAAGAGCAAGGUAUAUUAUAAUUUUGUUCUUUUAUUUUGAAUUUUUUCAGCAACCUUUAUGGAAUCAUUUAUUAAACUUCUAUAAAGAAAACAAAGUUCUUGUAGAAGGUCCCUUGAAUCAUUUAAAAGAAAGUAUGAUCCAAUUUAGUAAACCUAGAAAAUUGAUUAAUACAAUAAAUCCGGGUGGUCAUUUUAUGCACACAACAAUGUAUGAUGCAAGAGAAGCUAUGAUUCCUGGAAGUGUAUAUGAUCGUUCAUCACAUUUAAAUGGUCCAGUCGCAUACAAUCGAACUCACGAUCAGAUCUCGUAUAUAAGCCCAGAGAGAGCACAAGCUGCUAUGGCUAAUAUUCCAGUUCCGUUUGGAAUAUUUAUGAAUAUGGCUCAUAUUCCACCAAGAUUUUAUAAUCAACAUCAACAGGCAUUACAAGCCCAUCAAAACCAACGUAAUCGUACUGGAAAUCGAAGGGGCGGAACAAAACAAAUGCCUGGUCGCAGAACAAUGCAAGAUCGUAUGAAUCCAAAUCUAUCUCAGUCUGGUUACAAUAGUCAAGCAAGUCAGGAUGUCAUGUUUUCUCAAGGACCAUUAACUCAAGGACAACUAACUAUGAGUCAGAUGAGUCAGCCAGCUUUUCCCGGUCUUUCUCAACCAGGUUUAUCACAGCCUGAACUCUCUCAGGAUACGUACUUGGUUGACGAAUUCCGUUCUCAGACGGAAGGUAUGCUUUCUCAAGAUUCAACAUACCAAGGAGAUCGGGCAUUUUUCCAUGCCUCACAAGGUGGUCAGUUUUCCCAGCCUUAUUGAGCCAAAGGGGAGAAAGCGGCAGUGGCAGAUGCCUGCUGGUUGUUCCAGAGAGCAGCAAUGAAGCUCACAGAUAUCACAGGAGAAGAGAAGCUGAGGAAUAACAAGCUACACAGAAUCAGAGGUAGAGGAGGGCAUACAUAAGUGGCCGUUUGAUGACAGCCACCCAGGCCUACCUGCCAGUCAUCUAGGGGCAUUGUUAAGCUUGGCAUUAGCAUUUGCCUCAUCAGAGCUACGAAUGAGCACUCGAUGCACUUCCUGUGUCUCCAAACCGAUGCAAUGCAUGUGAGGGAAAUAUACCCCAAUCUGCAAUGUUUCUGCUCUGGCCUGUCUGUGGCAGUCUGGAAUGUUGGCAAAAAAAAAAUAAAAAAAAAAUUAUUAUGUAUAAUAUAAUAAACCA